CCCGCGCAGGCGCCCCUGAGCGGAAGUGGCGCGGCGCGGGGGAGGCGGUGGCGAUGGCGGAGAAGUUCGACUCCCUGGAGGAGCACCUGGAGAAGUUCGUGGAGAACAUCAGGCAGCUCGGCAUCAUCGUCAGCGACUUCCAGCCCAGCAGUCAGACGGGGCUCAAUCAGAAAUUGAAUUUCAUGGUGACGGGCUUGCAGGAUAUCGACAAAUGCCGGCAGCAGCUUCACGAUAUCAGCGUGCCCUUGGAGGUUUUUGAGUACAUCGAUCAAGGCCGCAACCCUCAGCUUUACACUAAAGAGUGUCUGGAGAGAGCUUUGGCUAAAAAUGAGCAAGUGAAAGGAAAAAUUGAUACUAUGAAGGGAACCCUUGCAGAAGGAGAAUUUCUGCACUUGACAUCUCUGGUCUGGUUCCACAGCUUGGAGGAGUAUAUCUGCAUGUAUUGACUGCUGUUCUUGUAUAAGUUAGUGCCUCUGGAAGGCACUAUUCACUAUUCCUAUUCACUAAUAGGAAUAUACUCAUUCUCCCCAUGUAUUCUGAUGCCUACAGAUAAGACAGAAGAAAGCCCUUCAGAGUCUCUCAAGCUCAUAAGAGAGUUAAGGCAAGGCACGUGCUUUAAGCCCCGCUCUCAAAGUCUGUCAUGCCUUCAUCCAGCCUGGAGGAGAAGAACAGAGAUACACAGACUGAGAUGACAGCAUGAACAGAAACUGAACUACAUGAAAGCACCCCAAAAAGCCCUAGAGCACAGGUUGGAAGAAUGGCCAGCAUCAAUGGCCAAUGGCAUAUUGGACAGAAAUAAAAUCAGUAGCAGCUGAGGAAUAGGCCUUGGCAGUGGAAGACCAGCACUCUGACAACAAGAGAAUGGCUGCACAGCUGUAUCAUGUAUGUUGUGCUCCCUCAUCCUGGAAUUCCAGCAGGAAGACCGACUGCAGCCACAAGACACCUAAAAUGAGGAAAUAACAGGAAAUGGGCAGCUGCCUUGCCUAACAUUUUUUGGAAGUUGUUGCAAGUGUAUUCCCGAGGCAAAAGAUUAUGCCUCAGUAACUGGGGACUCCUGCGGGGUACAAAAUAAGUAGCCCAAUACAGCUACCAGCAAGGAGAUUUCAGAAUGCAUAGCAAGGAUUCAGCAGCUGGCACAUCUCAUUCUUCAUGUUAAGCAGAAGUGAUCCAUCCCAUAGUACCAGCGUAUAUGUUUAUAUGAGUAAAACUGAGGAAAGAAUGAUAGGAUGGGUAGAGAAUACGUUUUGUUUAAAAUUAAUAUCACCUUUCUUUCUCAUAGGGUUUUGUAUUGAUUUUCAUUAUUUUAAUUUGAAAGGGUUACAGUCCUUGUUUUUGAAUAUAUCACUGUCAUAUUGGGUAUUCAGCUGCUUCUAGGCAAGUGUUCUAAAACUUGAGCUAUAGUUGCCAUCAGUCUCUGAUUCAAAAAUCUAUAAUUAUUCCAUACAAAGUAGUACAAGUUGGGAUGCUGAGGGCUUUUCAUCUCGGACUUCCUGGUGUCAGGAAUGUUCCACCCUUUUAUUUGUGGGGGUAAGGUCUGAUAAAUUAAAGGAAGGUGAAUAUGAAUAUGCACAUGCAAAGGGUUGGAUUGAGGGAGCAAGGAUUGAGCAGUAGUACGCCAGUUCUGCUCACUCUAGUCUUACUGCAAAAGCCUAAAAGUGAUCUCUGGCCCUCCCCUCACUCACACACAUUUAUCACAUCCUGUGAAGUAUGGUGCAGAGAAAGACUCCUGCUAUCAGCAGGAUACUUGUUGGUUGCUGGCAGUUCAAAUUAGCCUGUGAGGUGCCACUUGAGAAAGUGCAAUGAAGUUUCAUGGAGUGAGUGUUCAAAAAGAGCUGUAGAUUCUGAUUUCCACAGGCAGAGAAACACUGUCUCUGCAGCAUUGUCUCUGAUGUCAACCUCAGGGUUCUUUUAUAAAAGAGAUGACAGAACUGCUUUCUCUACUUACUGUGUUCUCUUUCCUCCUUAGCUCCUGUCUGUGUACUGGGUGAGACUAUGCCCGACAGGACUUUAAAGAAUGUGAAUUGUUAGCAUAAAAAUAUUGACACUUCUAGCCAGAUUUUUAAUGGCUUAGGCAUCAAGCAAAAUAGAACUUUUGAGAAUAUAAAUUUUGAAUCCAGGCACCGGGAGGGAUAACUGGACAACACUUGAGUGCAUAACUCCUUGCCUUGCUAGAAUUAUUAAUGCCACUUCUUCCUUCCUGCACUUUGACCUUCUCAGAAGGUCAUCUGGAUAUUGCCAGACCAGUUCCACUUCUGAAACAAAGAGAAGGCAAGGUGAUAUAUAUGUUCAUGCGAAACACAAAUGCAGUGCUACUAACCUUGUAAAUCAGAAUACAGGUGGAAAUUAUUUGAUUCCCUCCUUCUAAUGAAAUAACUCAUUCUUACUUUUACUUGAACACAAAGAAGCUUAAAGAGCAGCUGUAGCUCCAAUGAUCACCUAUUUAAUUACACUUUCACUAUGUAAGUCAGCAUGCAAAGGGGACACCAUAGGCUGUACCUGUAGAAAUCACUGAAUGGAACACAGUAACUUAUUCUACUACUAAGUAUAUGUAACUUCAUAAACCCCUAGCUCACCUUUGUGACAUUCACCAGUUUUGUUGUAAAUAAUGAAUGGCUGGGAGCAUGUCUUUCCUUUGUGAUAGAAGCCAAAUGUGGAUUAUAAUGGUAAGCAUUGUAAUUAAAUGUGUAUAGAAACAGUAAAACAAUCCAAGCAAGGAAUAUUAUGUACAGACAAGCAAAUACACAAGCAAAAAUAUAAACAUGUAACAAGCAACACAUGGACAAAUAUCAAUGAUUGCAAUGGAAACUGGUAAAGAUCCCAGAUCAAAAGCUGUCAGUGGAGGCUCUCAAUACAGACAGAUUCAUACCCACUCAUCUGAUGUUGUGUUCAAGUCUAUGUGCAAAGAGGAAGCACACCUUGUAUAUAAAGGCCAAGAAGUUAUUGUUAGCAAAAGUAAAAUUUUAAGCCUAAUUCAGUAAUCGUUAUUGGUAUAGAUGUAAUUAUUACAGAAAAAGAUGACAGAGAAAUAGGUCAGCAUCAGCAUACAGAGGUGGUAGAGCUAAAAGGAAAAGGUGUGGGUGGGCUGCCAGCAUGGGAAGAAGGCUGUUCUAUGGUUGUGUUCUUGCGGUUGUCUUCAGGAGUUGGACAGCUGUGGAGCUUUUGCCCCAGAUGAGGGAAAAUUUUCCAUAUGCUGAUGAAGGUAAAGGUCUUCUCACACAGAAAGCAAGUACCUGUGUCCUAUUCCUGCAUCCAGCAUCUCACUGCUGUCAAAAGGCACCCUGAAGUUUGGGGCUGUUUCUGGAAGAAACUACUUGACAGAAGCAGGAAUGGUCUGUUCAGACCCAUGUGCGUGUGCCUGUGGGCAGAGUGGAGUGGCUUUAGUGCCCUUCAGGGAUGAGCAUGUUGCAUUACCUAUAGAGAUCUGCAGCAGAAGGCUUUGGAUGAGUUUGCCAUGAAAAGGAAGACCUUAAAAGCAGUGGUGGAGCUCAAGAAGAGUAAUAAGUGUUGAUGGCAUGUGACAGAGAAGGUUCUCAAGACGUCAGCAGAUCUUCAUGCAAUGCCUUUACUUACCCAGAUGGGAAAAGUACAGGAAAGACAAGGGGAAGGUGAACCUGCUCUCAGCCAAAGAGCAAGGAAAGACUUCAGUCUCCAGACAAUGCUUUAAACCUUCAGGUGCAAUGUUGCUGGUGAUCCCAGAAGUGUGACUGGUUAUUGCCAGGGUGAGCAGAGGCUCAGAAAGUUUCUUCUACAACUACUGCACUGAUCUCUUCAGUUUCAUGUCCUGUUGUUGACACUUUAUUUGUUUUUCCUCUCCUCAUUUGUGGCAUUAACCCAGGUGUUCUGCCAGCCCAUAUCCACUCAGCUGGACUGCAGACCUCCACCAAAAGAUCUGGGUGUGGACCGUGGCUUAUAUGUGGGAGAAAAAUCUGUCAAUAAAAUGGAAAUCUGUAUUGUUUUUUCAUGGAAAUAAAUAUGAGAAUGUCUUCCCUC